AUGGUAAUGUUGGGAGGGACAUUUGCUUUGUAUUCGCUGAUAUGUCGAUAUGCGAAAGUGGGAUUGAUUCCGAGCGAAGAGGAGGAAGAUCAAAACGUCUCCAACUUCCAGCUCGAGUUGCCUAAUAAUCGUAAUCAAAGAGCUUCAAAACUUAAAUCGAAGCUCGAGAAUAGCGUUUUCGCCAAGUACAUGUUGCUAUUCGCCACCAUGCUCGGAACUUCCAUGUUAAUCGGAGAUGGUGUGCUUACUCCAUGUAUCUCAGUGCUAUCGUCGAUGGGUGGACUCAAAUUAGCUGCAAAAGCUAUGACACAAGAUACAAUCGUUUGGACGUCGGUCGGAAUAUUAAUAUUCCUGUUCAUGAUUCAAAGAUUUGGAACCGACAAAGUCGGGUACACUUUUGCGCCGGUACUAACUCUUUGGUUCUUGUUAAUUUCUGGAAUCGGGCUAUACAAUAUCAUAAAACACGACCCCCUCGUCAUCAAAGCUAUAAACCCUAAAUACAUUGUCGAAUAUUUCAUGAGGAACAAAGUCGACGCAUGGAUUUCUCUCGGCGGUGUUGUUCUUUCCAUUACAGGAACCGAAGCAUUAUUUGCUGACGUCGGUCACUUUUCGGUGAGAGCAAUACAAAUAAGCACGUGCGGUCUCGUUUACCCGUCGAUCAUUCUAGCGUACAUCGGACAAGCUGCUUAUCUUCGCAAGAACAUGUCCGAUGUUGGCAUGGCAUUUUAUGCUUCAAUCCCAGGACCAAUGUAUUGGCCAAUGUUUGUAGUGGCAGUAUUGGCAUCAAUAAUAGCCAGCCAAUCUUUAAUCUCGGCCACAUUUUCGAUAGUCCAACAAUCGCUUUCGCUCGGUUGUUUCCCUCGCGUAAAAGUCGUGCACACGUCUACAAAAUACCCGGGCCAAGUCUACGUUCCCGAGAUCAAUUACCUUCUAAUGUUGGCUUGUGUGUUUGUCACACUUGGAUUUAGGGACACUAUAAAGAUUGGCAAUGCCUAUGGGAUUGCGGUGGUGUUUGUGAUGGCACUAACGUCGGCGUUUUUAGUUUUGAUAAUGAUCUUGAUUUGGAAAACUCACGUAGUCCUCAUACUCGCGUACGCUUUCACCAUUUUCGCAUUGGAGCUACUUUAUCUGAGCUCGGUUCUUUACAAGUUCGAUCAAGGGGGGUACUUACCCCUUGUGUUCGCCUUUUUCUUGAUGUCGGUCAUGUACGUUUGGAACGACGUGUAUAGGAAAAAGUACCACUUCGAGCUCGACAACAAAAUUUCUCCGAAAAAAGUCAACGAAAUUAUCAAAGAUUCGAUUUCUCACGAGAGACUGCCCGGGCUAGCAAUCUUCUACUCGGAGCUCGUGCACGGAAUCCCGCCAAUAUUCAAGCACUACAUUGCAAACGUACCCGUGAUUCACUCGGUUUUGGUCUUUGUUUCGUUCAAAUCGUUGCCGAUAAGUAAAGUGCCGUUAGAAGAAAGAUUCCUUUUCCGGAGGGUGCAACCGAAUGAUCUACAAGUGUUCCGUUGCGUUGUGCGUUACGGGUACAAGGACGUAAGGAACGAGGAAGAGCCGUUUGAGAGAAUGUUGGUUGAGAGGUUGAAAGAUUUCAUUAGGGAGGACUAUGUUAUUAUGGGCGUAGAAAACGAAGAGUUGAAGGAUGAAGCGGAGAUGGACGUCGAGGAAUUGGACAAGGCGUGGCGGCGCGGGGUGGUGCACAUGGUGGGGGAGCAAGAGGUGGUGGCGGCGAAGGGGGCUAAUAUUGUGAAGAGGGUGAUGAUUGAUUAUGCAUAUGAUUUCUUGAAGAAGAAUUUGAGGCAGAGCAACAAGGUGUUUGAUAUUCCUCACAAGAGGAUGCUUAAAGUUGGGAUGACUUAUGAACUCUAGAGGGUUUUCAAUGUAUUUUUAUCUCUCUUUUUUUGU